GGAGACAGACGUCUAUAUAAACAGCAGCGGAGGUCGAGAGCUUCAGUGUUUCUGCAGGACCAGCUACGAUUACCGCGAAGAAAACGAAAGUGAAGACUCUGAAGAAUCAAAACUGUUGAAGAAGCUACGGUGCAUCUACUAAUACAAUAUUUUGAGUUAGCUCUUAACUACCUGUGAAAAAGAUGUCAUCUGCAAAAGGAGUUGCUAUUGGGAUUGACCUGGGCACCACCUACUCCUGUGUGGGGGUGUUUCAGCAUGGAAAAGUGGAGAUCAUCGCCAAUGACCAGGGGAACAGAACAACACCCAGCUAUGUUGCCUUCACAGACACCGAGAGGCUCAUUGGAGAUGCAGCUAAAAACCAGGUGGCCAUGAACCCCAACAACACCGUGUUUGACGCCAAGAGGCUGAUUGGCAGGAAGUUUGAUGAGCCAGUUGUGCAGUCUGACAUGAAGCACUGGUCUUUCCAAGUCAUCAGUGAUGGAGGAAAGCCUAAGGUACAGGUUGAGUACAAAGGAGAGACCAAAUCAUUUUACCCUGAGGAAAUCUCUUCCAUGGUCCUGGUGAAAAUGAAGGAGAUUGCAGAGGCUUACCUGGGAAAUAAGGUGACGAAUGCUGUUAUUACAGUUCCUGCAUAUUUUAACGAUUCCCAGAGGCAAGCGACUAAAGACGCUGGAGUGAUCGCUGGACUGAAUGUCCUGAGAAUCAUCAACGAGCCCACAGCUGCAGCCAUUGCCUAUGGCCUUGACAAAAGCAAAGCUUCAGAGCGCAACGUACUGAUCUUUGACCUGGGAGGAGGCACCUUUGAUGUGUCCAUCCUGACCAUUGAAGAUGGCAUCUUUGAGGUGAAGGCCACGGCUGGAGACACUCAUCUGGGUGGAGAGGACUUCGACAACCGCAUGGUGAAUCACUUUGUUGAAGAAUUCAAGAGGAAGCACAAGAAGGACAUCAGUCAGAACAAGAGGGCCCUGAGGAGGCUGAGGACAGCGUGUGAGCGAGCCAAGAGGACCCUCUCGUCCAGCUCUCAGGCCAGCAUUGAGAUCGACUCGCUGUACGAGGGCAUCGACUUCUACACGUCCAUCACCAGAGCUCGCUUUGAAGAGAUGUGCUCGGACCUCUUCAGAGGAACACUUGAGCCUGUGGAAAAAGCCCUGAGGGACGCCAAGAUGGACAAGUCUCAGAUCAAUGACAUUGUGUUGGUCGGAGGAUCAACAAGAAUCCCAAAGAUCCAGAAGCUUCUGCAGGAUUUCUUCAACGGCAGAGAACUUAACAAGAGCAUCAAUCCAGACGAGGCAGUGGCUUAUGGGGCUGCGGUCCAAGCCGCCAUCCUCAUGGGAGACACAUCUGGAAACGUCCAGGACCUGCUGCUGCUGGAUGUGGCUCCACUGUCCCUGGGCAUCGAGACGGCAGGUGGAGUCAUGACGCCACUGAUCAAACGCAACACCACCAUCCCCACCAAACAGACCCAGACCUUCACCACCUACUCAGACAACCAGCCCGGGGUCCUGAUCCAGGUCUAUGAGGGAGAGAGGGCAAUGACAAAAGACAACAACCUUCUGGGUAAAUUUGAGCUGACAGGAAUCCCACCUGCUCCACGUGGAGUCCCGCAGAUCGAAGUGACCUUUGACAUCGAUGCCAACGGGAUCCUAAAUGUGUCCGCGGUGGACAAAAGCACUGGAAAAGAGAACAAGAUCACCAUCACCAAUGACAAGGGCAGACUGAGUAAAGACGAGAUCGAGAGGAUGGUGCAGGAAGCAGACAAGUACAAAGCUGAAGACGAUCUGCAAAGAGAGAAGAUUGCUGCCAAAAACUCUCUGGAGUCCUACGCCUUCAACAUGAAGAACAGUGUGGAAGAUGAGAACCUGAAGGGAAAGAUCAGCGAGGACGACAAGAAGAAAGUUAUUGAGAAAUGUAACGAGGCCGUCAGCUGGCUAGAAAACAACCAGCUGGCUGACAAAGAGGAGUAUGAACAUCAUCUGAAGGAGCUGGAGAAAGUCUGCAAUCCAAUCAUCACUAAACUGUAUCAGGGAGGGAUGCCAGCUGGAGGAUGUGGAGCUCAGACACGUGGAGGAUCAGGGGCCAGUGCUCAGGGGCCCACUAUUGAAGAGGUGGAUUAAGUAAGAGAUGAGCAGUGUAAUUAAUUUUGGUUAGGUUUCUUUGUAAUUCCAUUUAAAUUAUUUGUUGUUUAAGAAUUUUUGGAGCAUUUAUUUGGAUGUUCUUGUGGACCACUACUGCUGAUUUUCUGGUGCAUUGUAUGCUACAUUCAAAUUUUUUUUGGAGAAUAUUACAAUAUUGUUCAAAGAUUCGAGUUGAACAUUUACAUUUGAAAGAGUGCAUAUAAAAGUUUUUUGUUUGUUUGUUUUUUUGUAUAUCUGUUCUGCUACAUUGUAUGAAAUGCUAAUGUAUACUGUACGUCUAUAAGACCUCUAAUGGUAUUCAAUGUGUUAUCUGCACUUUAAGAAAUAAAUACAAAGUGUUUUGCAUGCUGA